AUGCGUUACGUUAAGAACUUGUCGCUGGUAUCAACGGACGCGUUUGGCCGCUUCGGCCAGGUGGAAGGCCUCGCGAUUCUCUACCAGAGGGAGUUUGCUUACGUGGACAUGGCCACGUCAGCACAGGCCAAGCGAGGCGAGGCGGGUGCUGGCGGGAAGCCGCUGCGUCCGGGCCUGCUGCCGCUGAAAGUAGAAUUCGCUUAUGCCAAGGGGUCAACGGCGGGCGGAGGGGCACCACAACCGCCACCACCAGCCAGUCAGCCCAAGGAGAAGGAGAGGUUGCGAGCAACGGGGGUGCGGAGGGUGGUGUGGGUGGGGUGGGGCCCGGCACACGUGGUCCCCGAGGAGAUCGACGCGGAGUUCCUGCGCUUCGGGCCCAUCGAGGACCUGCGCUUCCACCCCGACCGCGCCUGCCUGCUGCCUCUCUCGGACUGCCUUCUAAGGGACAUGCACUGCACUGGCAGCUGGGGCUCCGCCGCCAGCCAGCCAACCGAAGGAGAAGGAGCGGGAGCGGCCGAGGGGCCGGGGGUGCGGAGGGUGGUGUGGGUGGGGUGGGGGCCGGCGCACGUGGUCCCUGAGGAGAUCGACGCGGAGUUCCGGCGCUUCGGCCCCAUCGAGGACCUGCGCUUCCACCCCGACCGCGCCUGUGCGUUUGUCGACUACCGCUUUGAGGACGACGCCCAGGCCGCCGUGGCAUCCAUCAACAACGUCCGCACGCGCGACGGAGGGGUGUUUCGCGUGGAGUUUGCGAAAUCGGGCCCUCAUGCCGGGGGAGGAGGGGGUGGUGGCGGUGGCGGCGGCGGUGGUGGUGGUGGUAGAGGUGGUGGUGGUGGUGGUGGGGGGAGUGGGGACGGGUCUCCAAGCGAGAUUCUCUGGGUGGGGUUUCCGAGCACGCUCACAGUCACAGAGGAGCGGCUUCACGCGGCCUUCUCCCAGCAUGGGCAGAUUCGGCGCAUCAAGACGUUCCCGGGGCGCACGUACGCGUUUGUGGAGAUGGGCACGUGCGAGCAGGCGACCAAUGCGAUCCGCGCAUUGGACCACGUUCUGUUUAACGAUGAGCGCGUGCACAUCCGGUACUCGAAAAGCGAGUUCGCGUUCAUGCAUGCCGCAGACCCGCCCUUCUCCUCCCCUGCUGCUGCCGCUGCAGCAGGAGUUGCAGGUGGGGAGGCGGUUGGUGAGAGGGGCAGGCAGGGAGGCGGGCCGGGCGGGCCCGGCGGUGGGGGGGUGUCUGGUGGUCCGUACGAGGUGGACAGGGGCCGCAGAAGCAGCGGCUGGGAUGUUGUCGUGCCUCCAGCUGCCUCUCCUGCUGUUUCUGUUGGUUCCGCUGCCACCAGACCUCCCAUCCCGGGCCGUCCGGGCUUGCCUGGUCUGGCCCCCGGCUCCGUAGCUCCUCCCGGACCUGGAGGACUGGCUCGGGCGGUUGGGGCUGCGGGUGGUCCGGGAUCGCAUUGGAAGGGGACGUUGGCCAAGGGGGGGAUUCUCGUGUGCCAUGCGCGGGCGAUCCCCAUCGGUCCCGGCAUCUCUGCACCCAUGCCUGAUGUGCUGAACUGCUCGGCGCGCACAGAAUUGGACACUCUAGCAAAGCACGUGCGCGCAGCAGCGGAUUUCGGAGUGGUGGCCAUCAUCCCCGAGGCACAGCCGGACGUCCCUCCUUACCACGACCUCGUGCAGUACCUGGGGGAGAAGCGCCGCGCGGGGGUAGCCAAGCUGCCUGCCGGCUCUACGCUCUUCCUCGUCCCGCCCUCCGACUUUGCCGUUUCUGUUCUCCAAGUGCCCAGAAACGACUCCCUCUUUGGCGUUUACCUCACCGUCGCUGCUCCUGCCGCUCCUGCUGCUCCUCCUCCCGCUCUUCCCGGUACUUCUGCUGUUCCCGGUGUUCUCGCUCCGCCUGCGCUUUCCUCCGGUCCUGCUCUGCCGGCAGGCGCUGCUGCUGCAUCUGCAGCUGCUGGGAUGUUGCCAGCUGGGAUGUUGCAAGGUGCCCCACCAGGGCUGGUUUCUCCCGGUCCUCUUCCUCAGAUGCCCCCGCUUCCUCUCCCGCACGCAGGGCUGAUGCCCCAAGGGCAACCGGGGAGACCUCCUUUGCCUCCCAAUCAACAGAUACAGGGUCAGCAGCAGCAGCAGCUGCAAGCUGGAGCCUCGUCGUUUAGGUGGCAGCAGCAGCAGCAGCAGCAGCAGGGAGGGGGAGUAGGCGUGUCCACCCAGCCUCUUUCCCCUCCCCAGAGACCUUUGCAAGCACCAAUGCACCCAUCCGCGGUUCCUAUGCCUCGUGCCCCUGGCGCUGGUCCUGGGUUACCGCCUGGUUACCAGCCUCCCUCCUUCACACCUCCGGCCCCUCCCAAUGCCCGUGCUUCUACCUCCCCCAUCCCACCUGCGGCUCUUCAGCUGAUCCGCCCCCUGUGGGAGUUGGAAGCACUGAGGAAGCAGCAGCAGGGGCAGGGGCAGGGGCAGGGGCAGGGCAGGGUGCGACAGGAGCAGGCUUUUCUGGGGCGGGUUUACCUGCUGGGAUCACCCCAGAGCUCCUGGCGUCUCUGUCGCAUGGGUGGGAUGAAAAGGGAUUUCUCAGCAACGCCCCCGCUCCCCCCUGCUCCUCCAACCGCGGGGCAGUUUAACCAGAGGCCUCCCGGCCCUCCUCUUCCACCCCUCCCUCCCCAGCAGCAGCAGCAGCGGCAGCAGCAGGUGGUGUCAACCCCUCAGUUCACCCCAGAGCAGCUGGCUCAGCUAAGUGCCGUUUCAGGUGCGCCCUCAGGGGUCCCUCUAACCCCAUGUGCUCCUUCUGCACCCUUUCCUGGUGCCGGUUUCGCUGGGCCUGCACCCAGAGGGCCCUUUCAAGGACCGCCACUGCCCCCGCCACAACAGCAGCCACAGCAGCAGUGGCGGCAGCAGCAGCAGCAGAUGCAGCAGCAACCACAGCAGCAGCAGCAGCAGCAGCAGCAGCAGGUGCAAGGACAGGUGGAUGGUUCUGGCUAUGGUGGUGGCAUGAGGGGCCAGGGGUUUGGUGAUCGCAGCAGCAUGAGUGGGGGCGGUGGUCCUCCUGGUGGUGCUGCUGCUUGGGGUGGCAUGACCUCCGCUGGAACUGGUUCUGGUGCUGGUGGUGGUGGUGGUGGUCCUUCAGGUUUUGGUAGUGGUGGUGGUGGCGCUGCUGGUGGUGCUGGUGGUGUUGCGGCCUCGUUUUCCCCUCAAUGGGGUCAGCAGGGGCCUUCUGCACCUUUACCUCCUCAGCAACCUCUCUACCAGCAGCAGCAGGCAGCUGGUGGUUACGGACCAGGUUCAGGGGUUUUUUCAGGUGGUUUCUCAGGUGGUCCUGGUGGCUCAGGUGGCAGCAUGGGAGUUCCAGCAACAGCAGCAGCCGUGGCAGCAGUAACAGCAGCAGCAGGUGGAGGAGGGGGAGGGGGAGCAGGUGGAGGAGGGGGAGGAGGAGGUGGUGGUGGUGGAGUGGCAGGGGGAGGUAUUGACAUGCAGGAUGAGAGCUCGUCCAUUCUCUCUCUUCAAUCCCUCUUGCCCUUUGCUGCUCUUCUCAACAUCCCCCAGUCAGUUAUCGAAGCAGUGUCCUGGAGUGAAUGCGCCUCGCUUCUCUUGCACAUGCAGACCCCUGCUUAUGUGCAGAGUGGCGGGGAGUGA